AUGACUUUCAAGGCGCUACUUCUUGAUAUUGAAGGCACCAUAACAAGUAUCUCAUUUGUUAAGGAUGUGCUUUUCCCAUACGCUUAUAACAAUGCCGAGAAAUACCUAGACGAGCACUACGACGAGCCGGCAAUUCAGAUUCUCCUUGAGGAUUUUCGUCGGCUCGCCGAGCAGGAGGCCGAGACGGAUAGCAACGUUGUUCGAAUUCGCGAGCCGCGUCAGAAUUGCAUUGAAGAUGUCACGAAGAAUGUGCAAUAUUGGAUUAAGAAAGACAAAAAGCUGACGACGUUGAAAGCGCUUCAAGGCCUUAUUUGGGAGGAAGCCUAUUCGAGAGGGGAUGUCAAGGGGCAUUUGUACGAUGAUGUCGUCGAAAUUCUGCGCCAACUCCACACCAAUGGUGUCCCGAUUUUCAUCUAUUCGUCGGGUUCGGUGCACGCCCAAAAAUUGCUGUUCGCGAAUUCGACGAAAGGCGAUGUAACGCCGCUGCUGAGCGGCUAUUUCGACACGAACGUCGGCAAGAAGGUCGACAAGGUGUCGUAUGCGAGAAUCAGCGAGACGAUCGGAUGCGCGCCCGGCGACAUUCUAUUUCUCACCGAUGUUGAACAAGAAGCCAACGCCGCCACGGACGCCGGCCUUCAGACGAAACUUGUCAUUCGGCCCGGAAAUGCUCCGCUCAGCGAUGAAGCAUUGAGUAAAUUCGAAACAAUUCAUUCCAUUGAUCAAAUUCUUGAUUAUGACAUGUUAAUUCGAUUGCUGAAAUGUUCACCGCUGCUGGGUAGGCGCUCGAUAUGCACUUCAAGACCGUCGCCAAAUAUUUUCAACAAAAUCAAAUCGUUCUUGCAAGGGGCCGAGAAAGAGGCAUUUGACGAGGAGUGUGUGAAAAAGGCCCAUAAAUGGGAUGGAAUGGAUUUCAAUGAAUGGACGAUCAUCUACAGAGAUCCAGGUGCCAGCAAAACGUUCGCAAUGACAGCCAUAUUUUUUCCGUGCUUCCUCGCCGGCUGCGCAUUAUUCGCCUACGAUGUCGCCAAUAAUAAACCCGACGAUCGAUUCGAAUUCGUAAGACGUCUCGAGAAUGACGCCGAAGAGCUCGGCGCGUUGGUCUGGGCGCCGGCGAUCUCGUUGAUCGCCGUAAUCGCCCUACUCCUGCGCGUCCACAAAUUGCGAUUGUUGAGGAUCUACCAGAAGCGCAACGAUCCUGAGCAGUUCGUGGCGAUCAAGUCGAAAUUUGUUGUUGGUCAAGCAAAGCAUAAUUUUCAUCGCGAUCUCGCCACCGGCUUCUAUUUCGCCGAUGAUCAGUCGGACAUUUUACGGGUUGGCUUGAAUUUCGUUUUUGGCAACAUUCAGGUGGACAAAAAUCGAUUCAUGAUCAUGGAUGACUUCUUCCUCGCCAACAAUUAUAGGACUUAUAUGUUGAAUGAGACCAAUGUGCCGCCUAGGUUAUAA